AUGGCACCGCCCCCAAUAGUAACGGGGUUAUCUCCUAAUGAGGGUGCUCCUGGUACUAGAAUUAAAAUCAGAGGUGAAAAUUUCGGUUCUCAACCAGGUGAUCUCAUAGGUCUUACAAUAUGUGGCAUGGAUUGUCUAUUAACUGCAGAAUGGAAGUCUCCUAACAAAAUAAUAGCUAUAUCAGGUCCAAUUAAAGGUAAAGGGGACGUUAUUGUAACUACAAAAUAUGGAGGCACUGGCACUUGUAAUGUAACCUUCAGAGGCUAUCACCUAGCGACCAUAGGACCUAUGAAAGAGAGUGCAGUAUGGGUGGAGGAAACACCUAUGUAUUCUUGGGGGCGUCAUUCUUUAAGUCCAAGUAGUUUUCAACAGGAGGACCCACUAGGCCUCUCUGUAGAGGAAACUGAAAAUAAAAUAAGUGAAGAGGAGCUUCAAAAUUACUUUCCUGGUAAGUGUGGAGACAUUGGUAGCCAAAAUUUUUCACCAGCUUGGUUUCUUCUUGAAAACCAUCAGGCCACAAGUUUUAAUGACAUAAAGGCUGGCCUUGUUUAUUUGACCAGAAAAGUACACAGUCAAAAGGAAGGUCAAUUGUCUUUUUUAAAAGCAAAUUUAAAUAGCAUUAUGGAUCAAAUUGAUACCCUAAUGAACCUAAGGGAAAGGUACGAGAAAGAUUUAUCAGUUUUUGGAAGUACACCAACAAUUAAACUUGAAAGAGCUAUUAAAGAAUCUGAAAGAGAAGCUAGAAAACUUUUUGAUGAUGUUUUAUCUCGAAAAGAUAGAGCUGAAAAAACUAGAAAUGCUUUAAAUGUAUUGCAAAGAUAUAAAUUUCUAUUUUGCCUUCCUUGUGUUAUAGAAAAAAACAUUAAAAAGGGAGAAUAUGAUAUAGUUAUUAAUGACUAUAUGCGUGUUAAAAAUCUAUUUGAUAAAACAGAAGUUCCUAUAUUCAGAGAAGCUCUAAAUGAGGUAGAAAAACGCAUAGUAGAGUUGCAAAAUAAACUGCAUACUGACUUACAAACUAUGCCUAUUACUGUUGACCAACAAAAAAGAUUAAUUCGCUAUUUAGUAAAUCUAGAUUGUCCAUUUGAUGCUGCUUGGGAUGCCAUAAAAAGUAGAUGGGAAUAUAUUAACAAGAAAUUUAAAGAAAUAUACAAUUUUCAUAAAAACACUGAUAAACUGGAAAGUUCCAAAAAACAAAAUUCUGCUUCUAAAUAUUCAAAAUUACAAAUUGAGGUGAUAUCGGUUCCUGCUUGCAUCAACUUUACAGAUGAAAUAUGCGCAGUUACUUCAGAGUUAUUCCCAGAUUUGUGGAAAAUUGGUCAAGCUUAUUUUUCUGGUGAAUUACAAGUUAAGAUUGAGGCUGGUAGACAGGUUGAAUAUAAACACAUGGUAUUAACUGCAAUUGAUUCGUAUUCAAAAUAUAUUCGUGCCAGUAUUAUACCGAACACUUUAGACAAAUCUGACCGUACUCAGUAUGGAUCGUUAAGUAGUCUGGAGCGUGAUGAGAUCUCCCUUUAUCUCCCUGAACUUCUGCGAUCAGUACGUUCUACUUAUUCCACUCUAAUUCAAUUAGAUUUGCCAAAUGAAGCAUUAGAUAUAGUAAGCGCUCUACUUGUAGACCUAAGAAUUCACUGCAUGAGUAUUUUAUUCCAACAAACCACUGAACAGAUAAAACAUUUAUCAGAAAACUGGAAAAUAAGCUUUAGUGGUAAAUACACUGGCGUAACUGAACUUCCUUUAAAAUUUUUGAGAUUAAUUGAGGAUGUUAUUCAAAUAGUCAAGGAAUCUGCCCUGUCGGCAGAACAAAGAGAAACUACUUUAUUGGAUAAUGUGUCUGCUCAAAAAGAACUCGAAAAGCAAAUAGACAAUAUCUUAUCUGCUUUUUACAUGGUUUUGAAUAAUUUGUCCUCUACUGAAGAUUUUGAAGAUUGUGAUGAUAAUUCUCCUGUCGUUUCUCAAUUAAUUGGAACCCCUGUAGGAUCGCAGAAACCUGAUGUUAUUCAUGACAUUCCAACAUGGGAACAUAGACUGCUCAUAACAUUAUCUAACUGUAUAUUCACCAAAAAUACAAUUUUAAAUGACAUUGCUACAAAGUUUAGAGAAACUGGAUUCUCCUCAGUAGACACACCUAUAGGAGUUAACAGGAACAAGCUAGAAAUGUUGGAAAAAUCGAUUCUAGAUAGGUACUUAGAGCAAAAAAGCGAUCCUCUUGUUGGUACUAUAGAACCUUCAAUGUACUUGGGUCGUUUUGACUGGGACAUUAAUGUACCACCUACAGACAUUCGACCGUAUGCAAAAGAAUGUAUAAAUAAUCUAAUAAAUGUACAUUCUGAAAUUAAUAACAUAUCUACCAAUCUUCUAGAUACUAUAUUAGUUAAGAUUGUUGAGACAAUCGCUGAAGAACUCUACAGAUUAAUGUCUUGUGUUCAGAAAUUCAGUAAAGAAGGUGCACAACAAGCUAAGGUUGACAUAGAAGCACUACAGGAAAUGUUUAAAGAUUAUAUGUCUGACAAUGCACACGGGCACUUUAAAGAAGCGCUGACGCACAUCCCUGUUUUAGAUGGAGCACAAAUGACGUUAGUACAGGACAUACUUAAACAAUGUCGGGCAAGAAUGAGAACACAAAUUAUAUGCUUAAGAAAACAUUAA